AUGGUCGACAUCGAAAAUCUCGAGAAGGGCGACGUUGUCUAUGCUGAGAAGCUUGCCGACGAGGAGAUCCGCCACGUUCAGGUGUCUGCAGCCCGCCAGACCCACAUUCGUCGAAAGUUCGAUCGGCAUGUGCUCCCCAUAGUGUGCUGUUUGUACGUUCUCUCCUAUCUGGACCGCGGCAACAUCGGCAACGCAAGGGUAGCCGGAGCGCAGGACGACCUUGGCCUUGACAGCUAUCAAUGGAGCUGGGUUUUGAACGCAUUCUACAUUUGCUACGUGUGCUUCGAAUGGACCACGCUCAUGUGGAAGCUCUUGCCGGCUCACAUCUAUGUGGCGGUCCUUUGCAUCUGUUGGGGUGCCGCUGCUAUGUGCUCUGGUGUCGUUAAUAACAUGGCCGGCCUUGUCGUCUGUCGCUGCUUCCUGGGCAUUUUCGAAGCUGCAUUCGGAGCCGGCGCCCCUGUAUUCCUGUCUUUCUUCUACCAGAGACACGAGGUUGGGCUGCGGGUCUCGCUGCUGCUUGGCAUGGCUCCACUUGCCAACACCUUUGCAUCUUCUCUUGCAUAUGGCAUCACUCAGAUCAAGAAUUCGCUCGCACCUUGGAGGUUGCUCUUCCUCAUUGAGGGCGCCCCCACGGUCCUUUUCGCGUUUGUGGUUUACUUUUACCUAGCCGACUCUCCGGGCACAGCCAAGUUCUUGACAGAAGCCGAACAAACUGAGGCCGUAGAAAGGAUGAAUCAGGUGGAUAGGACAGCUAAAACGAAAGUCAACAAAGCGCAAUUUCUCUCUGGGCUCACAGAUUACAAACCGUAUAUCCACACAAUGAUCCACUUCAGCUGCAAUUACUCCUUCGCAGCACUUUCAAACUUUCUGCCUACCAUAGUCCAGGGCAUGGGAUACUCCUCGAUAAAUGCUCAGGGCUUGACAGCGCCGGCAUACUUCGUGGCUUUCUUGCUCUGUGUUGCUGUGGCGUUCACGUCGGACAAGCUCGGCAAGCGAGGCUACUUUGUGGCCAGUUUCGCAGCCAUGGGGACGGUUGGAUACCUCCUACUGGCUGUCGUCCAGGACACGACCAAAAUUGGUGUACGAUACCUCGGAGUAUGGCUUGCCGCGUGCGGAGUAUUUCCAGCCUUAGUGAUCAAUAUUACCUGGAUGCUCAACAACCAAGGCGGCGACUCGAAGAAGGGUGCUGGCUUCGCAAUUUUAGCGACAGUCGGGCAGAUGUCUUCGUUUGUGAGCAGCGUCGUGUUCCCAACGACGGACCGACCGUUCUACACGAAAGGCUGCGCUCUGGGUUGCGGUUUUACCGGCUUGAUCGUCAUCUUGUCCCUUGGCCUACACUUCAAACUACAACACGAGAACCGGAAGAGGGACCGUCUGUAUGGAAAGGUGCCCGAGGACGCACAGAUUGAUGUCACCCAGGGCGGUGAUAACAACCCGAACUUCCGAUACUUCACCUGA